AAAGAACACUUUUCAGAAAUGUCGUAUAACUAUUUAUGGACCGUGCUCCUCCUCGUUGCCAAUGGUUUUGCCCGAGACUUAACAAGAGACUGUCUCAACAACCCCGCUCCAAUCCUAAACGACUUCCAGACUACCAUACUCCUACUUCACAACGCUGCUAGAGGGAAACACGAGGAAACUCCACCACUUUGCUGGUCUCAUAAUAUAGCAGAUGACGCCCAAACCCACGCUGACACCCUCGUGGAUCCAGAGGGAAACCCUGACGGGCGGCACGAAAAUAAGAGCAAUUACCGUUACGGUGAGAACAUCUACAGAGCAAAGAUCCUGUUUGCCGGAAUGUCAGACUCCGAAGUAGAAAUGGCUCGUGGAGCUAUUCAGAGUUGGUACAACGAGGAACCGAUCUACAACUAUAAGUUCGAACUGGGAGCUUACUCAGGUGGAAAUAAGCGUGCUAGUGCUCAUCUCUAUUCAACGAAAAAGUUCACACAGAUGAUCUGGAGGAGUUCCACACACAUAGGAUGUGCGUACAGUGUCAGACAGUCUCACUAUUACUUUGUAGUCUGUAUGUACACUCCAGAUGGAAACAAGGGGGGAAAGAGUGGUUUCCACGAUAACGUCAGGAAGAAGAUCGCUUGUGACGCCCCAGUUAUCUACAAAGGAAAGCACACAACCACAGGUCCCUUCCUCCUGGACCAGACAGUGACAGUAAGAUGUGAUUCUGGUUACCACCUGGAGGGGAGCAGAACUGGAACUUGUGUCAAGAACGAAACUUUCGCAUUUGAAGUAGAGCCUCGGUGCACAGGUUGUGAGGUGGCUGAUAUAGCUAACGGGACGGUGUCCAGGGAUGUAGGAAGUGUGGUGGCUGAUAAGGACACUGUCAUGUAUUCCUGCAACGAGGGUUACAGUUUGGACAAUGCCGCAAGAGUGCUGCAAUGUGAUGGUAACGACUUCGUUCACGAUGUGCCCAAAUGCAGGAAGGAAGGAUAUUGCCUACGACCGAAUAUUGAGAAUGGAAUAGCGUACGCUCGAUCGAUUGACGACGACUUUGGUAUGCGAGGAGAAGAGCAGGGCUGGGAUCAUAACAUACCUGACGGACACAAUAUUUCCAUAAUCUGUGGAGCAGGUUACGAGCUUGUAGGAAACGACACAGCAGUUUGUCGAGGAGAGAAGUUUGACGGGGGAGUAGGAAGCUGCGAACUCUGCUACAUAAAAGAUGCGAAGAGUAUUUACAACCGCUAUAUAAAUGUUUACACGGGCAUAGUGCACGAUAGACCUCCAACGUGUUUUGGACCAAACACGGAAGCGAUAUCAAGCGAAUGUUCUCUCAGAUUUCCAUCGUACUGGUUAUUGAUCAUUCUGUUAACAUCUCAUAUCUUGGCGCUGGUUACGUAACCUUAUCAGCUUUUCUAUGUGAAAUAUUCUGAUAAUUUGUGAAAGUCUCUGAAAUAGGCUCCAGUCAGCUCAUCCGAAAUAACUAAAGACUGGGCAGAAUCGGGAAACAUCUGGGUGAAUGACCACAGAGAAGACUGAAAUUUUUCCCGCUCCUUAGCUGAUAAUGAAGUUAUUGCCUUAAUUGUGAGGUUAAUUUAAAUUAUGCUGAUGAAGUUGUAACUUAAAGACUAAUUCAUUGUUUUGCAUGGUUAUUAUUUCAUUGUGAUGAAUCGUUUUUGUUUGUUUUUAUUUCAAUUUUAUUUCUGAAAACUGUGAUUGAAGCGAGGUAUGUUUUCAGUGUUUUUCGCGUGCAACGGAAUACCAAUCAUUGUGCUAGUACAGUACAACUGUAGCAGUAGUGCUGUAGAAUUAGAUUUCUGCAAUGUAAUUUUAUUUUCGCUUGAGUAGUUUAUGAUGUGUAUAGUAUUUAAUUUUAAAGUUUAACCGUUUAAUUUUAAAGAACUCAAUGUUAUGAAUGCAGUGUGAUCGUUUUGCUGACGUUGAUUUAUAACAUACAACUUAGAUUGAUGAAUGACCUGAUUAUUGAUAACACAAUUAUUAUCACUUUUUAACCCGCCGUAGUUUAUCCUAGCUGCACGUUUGAGAACUAAACGUUCAUAAUUAGACAAUUAGACAUUUUAAGCCUUUUAGGUAAAGGCUUAAAAUUUUAUGCCAAUAUGCAAUAUGAUCUUGCAACAAAGAACUUUAUGUGUUAGCUUCUCACAGUAUCAGUAUUGAAAUCAACUAUCAUGUUUUUCCAGUUUUAACAUCUCAUGCCCAUAGAACUAAAACGUUUGAGUCACUAUAAUAUAUAAUAGGUUGUUGUCAGUUGUGGUUCAUCGGUUAAAUAUUUAUUAAAUUUGUAUUCAAAUUAUUUAAAAUUCGUCAAAAUAUUAUUAUU